AAGUCUACGGUCUAAACUCUCUCUUUAUCUCUCUCUCUCUCUCUCUCUCUCUCCCCACCAAUGGCGUCGGAGAGUUGCUCGGCUAACCAGUUGGCGCAGUUCUUCGGCGCCAACACCACCAACGCCGCCGCCGCCGCCUCCUACAUCUGCGACCAGUUCUCUGUCGUCGCCGACAAGUUCGUCGAUACCGGCUAUGCCGUCGACACCACCUACCUCCUCUUCUCGGCCUACCUGGUCUUCUCGAUGCAGCUCGGCUUCGCCAUGCUCUGCGCCGGCUCCGUCCGAGCCAAGAACACCAUGAACAUCAUGCUCACCAACGUCCUCGACGCCGCGGCCGGCGGCCUCUUCUACUACCUCUUUGGAUUCGCCUUCGCCUUUGGCACCCCCUCAAAUGGCUUCAUCGGCAAACAUUUCUUCGCCCUUAAGUCCAUCCCCUUCGCCUCCGACUCCGCCUCCUUCGACUACUCCCACUUCCUCUACCAAUGGGCCUUCGCCAUCGCCGCCGCCGGCAUUACCAGCGGUUCCAUUGCAGAACGAACGCAGUUCGUCGCCUACCUCAUCUACUCCUCUUUCCUCACCGGCUUCGUCUACCCGGUCGUCUCACACUGGUUCUGGUCCGGGGACGGGUGGGCCAGCGCAGGCAACACCGACAACCUCCUCUUCAGAUCGGGCGUCAUCGACUUCGCCGGCUCCGGCGUCGUUCACAUGGUUGGCGGCAUUGCGGGUCUUUACGGAGCCCUCAUCGAAGGCCCGAGAAUUGGCCGGUUCGACAACUCAGGCAGGUCCGCGCCUCUUCGUGGCCACAGCGCCUCCCUCGUGGUACUCGGCACCUUCAUGCUCUGGUUCGGCUGGUAUGGCUUCAACCCCGGCUCGUUUACCAAGAUUCUUAGCCCUUACACCAGCGGCAGCUAUUACGGCCAGUGGAGCGCGGUGGGGAGAACCGCCGUGACCACCACCCUGGCCGGCUGCACGGCGGCCCUAACCACCCUCUUCGGGAAGCGACUCCUUUCGGGUCACUGGAACGUCACCGACGUUUGCAACGGCCUCCUCGGCGGCUUCGCAGCUAUAACCGCCGGGUGCUCGGUGGUGGACCCUUGGGCGGCGAUCAUAUGCGGGUUCGUGGCCGCUUUGGUUCUGAUCGGGUGUAAUAGACUGGCGGAGAGGGUCAAGUUCGACGACCCGCUGGAGGCGGCUCAGCUGCACGGCGGGUGCGGCGCGUGGGGGGUGAUAUUCACGGCCCUUUUUGCCCGGGAGAAGUACGUUAACCAGGUGUACCCCGGGAAGCCCGGGAGGCCGUAUGGGCUGUUCAUGGGCGGCGGCGGGCGGCUCCUGGCGGCGCACGUUGUGCAGAUUCUGGUGAUCGUGGGGUGGGUGAGCGCCACCAUGGGGCCGCUGUUCUUCAUUCUGAACAAGUUGAAUCUUCUCCGGAUCUCGCCGGAGGACGAGAUGGCGGGUAUGGAUCUGACCCGGCAUGGCGGGUCCGCAUACGUGUACGACGAAGAGGAUGAAGCCAACAAACACGGGAUCCAAAUGAGGAGGAUCGAACCCGCCGCCCAAUUCUAGAAUUUUAGAAUGAAUUUUUAAUAUUUAUUUUUAUUAGUAUAUUCUAAGUUCGCGUGUGAAAAUUUAUUAGAAUAUUAAUUAUUAUAAUUUCCCGCAGGUUCGAUUUUUGUGUAAGGUAAAGCCAAAAAAUCCCGAUUUGGUUGGAUUUCAAGUGGAUGGUUGUGGUUGGUCA